AUGUCUGUGCUGUGGCUGCUUCUGAGAAUCCUCGCCCUUCUUGACUCAUCAGAAAGCAGCAGCAGGGGAUGCUAUGGAGACAAGCAGACCCUGGACGCCCCUGCGGCAUCUGGUAGGAUGCGGAGGCGUCCAGGCUCCAGCUUCUGCGUAGUUAUCACCUCACUGUUUGUCUUGCCCUCCUCCUCUUCCUCUUUCUCUUGGCAGCCCCACUUGGAAAGAGCACUGGGCAUGGCGUCCAUGGAAUUUGUCUCAGUGCUGGCUCUGGUUUUCCAGCCUGUCACUGAGCACAGAUCACACCAAGCUGUAUCCCUUCCUUCUGUGUUUGCUUUAGGAGUUUGUGCUUCUGAAAGACAGGCUGUAACAGACAUGCCAAACCUCCUGAGAUGUCAACCCAUGAUGUGUCCAGUCUGCCAAGAGCACCACAUGGACCCUGCUGUCAUGGCUGGUGUCUCAGCCGGGGAAUCUCACAGUGGCAACGUCCAGGUCAACAUGGACAGUGUGACUCAUGAGCAUGAGACCUUGGACUUGAUGCCCCACAUCCUCAGCAAGGCCCAGGUGUUCCACAUGGCUGCGGUCCUGAUUGUUAGAAUCAGAGAAAUCCAGAGGAAGUGUCCAACCUGGACCCCUGACCAGUAUCUGAAAGGUGGCUUCUGUGCCUACAAGGGAGGUGCUGGCAACAUCAGAAGCAGCCAGGACCUGAACUGUGACUUUGGCAAUGAUGUCCUUGCACGAAUCAAAUACUUCAAGAGACAGGGCUUCUAA